AUGCCUGUUUUAUACUCAGCCCUAGGAGAAGGCUACUCCCUCAAUAAACUUGCCUCACGCGGUCUCACAGUCAACCACACGCAAGCCGUAACCCUAGGGGUGAUGCUAGCAUAUGUAGUGGCUAUAGCGUUACUAUGGAAUAUACCGUAUAUUCGCUGGUCCUUGUGGCCCUUCAAGAUGUUGGUCAUUGCAUUCCAUGAAUUCGGCCAUGCUAUCACUGCCGUUUGCACUGGUGGAAAAGUGAAGUCGAUCUCACUUGAUCCACAUGAAGGUGGAGUGACCCAUAUGCAGGGUGGAAUGAGUGCCAUUACUCUCCCAGCUGGUUAUCUCGGGUCUUCCGUCAUUGGGGCACUCUUGAUCUUCGCUGGAUUUGAUAUUGUGGCGAGUAAAGUGGCUAGUAUCUUUCUUGGUGUUGGCUUUAUUCUCACAAUCUGGUGGGCCCGAAAAGACUGGCUUACAAUCAUGACUAUCUUCCUUGCCGUUGCCUUGUUGGUUGCGUGCUGGUUUAUUGCACAUGGCGAAGCCUUGAGAUGGGUCGUGCUCUUUAUUGGUGUUAUGUCUGCUCUGUAUAGCGUAUGGGAUAUUUGCGAUGAUCUUAUUCUGCGAAAGGUGAACACUUCAGAUGCCAGCGUUUUUGCCAGCAAAUAUGGCGGAUCAUCCCAGUGCUGGGGGGUGAUAUGGUCCCUUAUUUCUCUUUUGUUCAUGGCUAUUGGUAUUAUUGGAGGAAUAGCAGCUUUCCCUGAGUCAUUCAGCCAGCAGGAGGCUGCUUCGAAGCAUGUUAUGCCCACCUGA